AGAGAAAGAGAGAAAUAUAUAUGUUGAAGAACUCAUCACUUAUAUUUACCCUCACAUGUACUCAUACUCUCCGUUUCUUUGCGUCGUUGUUGAGGUUCUCUGAUGAUAGUUAAUGGUUCUACACUUUUUUCCAUAAAGAGAAGGAGACUCACCGCUAUUGAUAUCAUGGAAGCUGAAGCGGCCAAGGCUAAGGUGGCAGCUAUUAAAGAUAAGUUUGGACGAGACUUGCGUGUUUUUGAAACAUCUGGGCUCUCUUCAUCAGUAAAUCAAGUGCUCGAUACUGAGGUGUCAGAUGACUUCUACGAGUUCACUGCUGCGGACUACUAUCGCCUCAUGUCAACUAAAAAGGAAGAUAAACAUUUAAAGACAAGAAAAAUUCGGGAAGCUGAAGAAGCUGCUCGCAAGUCAAGAAUGACAAAGGCUGUGAUUAGAGUUCGGUUUCCUGAUAAUCAUACAUUGGAGGUAGAGUUUCAUCCGUCAGAAAAGAUUCAGAACUUAUUUGAUCUUCUCAUGAAAGCGGUUGCUCGACCAGAAGUGCCAUUUUACUUAUAUACUGCUCCUCCAAAGAAGCAAAUAAAGGACUUCUCCCAGGAUUUUUACUCAGCUGGCUUUGUUCCUGGUGCAAUUGUUUAUUUUUCUUAUGUUCUAUCUCAAGGAGACGAUGCUGCAGCUCUUAGUUCCGGUCCCUUCCUUGUAGAAGAAAUCAUGUCUUUGAAGGGAUUGGAUUCGAUUUCUGAACCAUCAGAGCCUGUUGAGUCUGCACCAGAACCUGUGACAGCAGAACCUCCUCAACCUGAGCCUCAACAAUCCAAACCUGCUGAGAAAAAAUUGACGAAACCAAAGUGGCUUAAAAUGUGAUCGUGAUCAGUCAUCAAAUCUGCAACUUACAUUGCAGGCAAUAUGGGCAACAGGAAUGCUUUUACAGCUCCAUAGGAUAGGAGCACAUGGAUGAGAUUAAGCAAGGCAUUCUAAUGUAAAAAUAUGGUGCAAAGUUGUAAAAAGGCACACCAGAAAAUGACUUGUUUCUUUGGAAUUUUAUUGUAAAGUUUGUUUGCAGGCCA